CCCCCCCCCCCCCCCCUCCCCCCCAAACCCUCUUUGCACCCAACACCAUGAACUCCUCCCUGCUGGAGGGAAACGACUCUACCGGCGGUGACGGCACUCCCGGUGGCGCCCCCUUCUGCCUGCUGGAUGUGGGGUACUCGGCGCUCUUGCACACCUGCCUGCUGGAGGUGGCCGUCAUUCUGCUCCUGAUGGCGCUCAUCGUCUGCGGCAACCUGGUGGUGCUGCUGGUGUUCCACUGCGGGCCGCUGCUGGAGCAGCCCGGCACCAGCGCCUUCAUCCGCACCAUGGCCUACGCCGACCUGCUGGUGGGGGUGAGCUGCCUGAUCCCUGCCCUCUCGUUGCUGCGCCGCCUGGGAGGCCUGGACCCGGCGCUCACCUGCAAGGCGUUUGGCUACAUGGUGUCCGUGCUGAAGGGGGUUUCCAUGGCGUCGCUGGCGUGUGUGAGCGUGGAGCGCUACGUGGCGGUGACGCGGCCCCUGUCCUACACGGCGCUGGUGACGCCGUGCCGCCUGCGCGCCUGCGUCGCGCUCAUCUGGCUCUACUCUGCCCUCGUCUUCCUGCCCGCCUUCCUGGGCUGGGGCAAGCCCGGCUACCAUGGCGACGUGGUGGAGUGGUGCGCGCGCUGGGAGACACGGCCGGCGUUCACGGCGUUCAUCAUGGCGGCGCUCUACGCGCCCGCGACCUGCACCGUCUGCUUCACCUACGCCCACAUUUUUCGUAUCUGCCGUCAGCACACGCGCCAGAUCAGCGAACGCCGUGCGCGCUACGGUCCGCAGGAGCCCCCGCCCACCCCCGCCGGUGGACACACCCCCUGUUCCCUGGCGUCGUCGGCGACCAGCAGCGGCGGUGGCGGUGGCGGCAACCCGGACAAGCGCUACGCCACGGUGCUUUUCCGCAUUACCAGCGUCUUCUACCUGCUGUGGCUGCCCUACAUCCUCUACUUCCUGCUUGAAAGCGCCGGAAUCUACCAGCACGCGGCGGCCUCCUUCCUCACCACCUGGCUGGCCAUCAGCAACAGCUUCUGGAACUGUCUCAUCUACAGCCUGUCCAACAGCGCCUUCCGCAAGGGCCUCAAGCGCCUCUGCUCACUCGGCGCCCGGAGCGUCGACACCAAGAAGCCCCUGGCGCCGCCGCCCGCCCCGCCCAUGCGCCCUUCCUAUGACGUCUGAAACGUCGACACCCACACCCACCCCUUCGAUCAUCCCCAUGUCCACUGCCGCCACCCCCAUCCCACCAACCCCCUUAUGAUGGGGGAUGAACUCCUUCAUCUGUAUGUGUGUGUACGUUCAAGAUGAAGGAAAAAGAGAGGGAUGGAGGGAGGGAGGGAUGGCAUGUGUUGCCAUACCAUCAGAUGAUGAUGAUGAGGAGGAGGAGAUGAGCUUGGAUGGGUCUUGGAGGAUCAGCAAGCUGUGUGUGUCCUGCGGGCCCGUGUGUGGCUGCCUCGCGGUGGAGGAGACGGGGACAGAAGGACCCUCACCCACCACACACCAGAGUUCUACAGGAGCCUCUGCUCUCUCAGAUGUGAUCAUGGGAGGCUCAGAUGCGAUCUCCUUAAUGGUCUGUUUGUGUGAACACACACUCACAAAGACACUUUGUUGUAAAAAAGCAAAAAAACAUGACAAAACUUUUCUUAGUUUAGGAAACUGUUCUCUGCUGACCAACCGACCAACCAUCUGCUGCAGCUUAUAUAUUUAUUUAGUGACCUUAACGUGUUUUUUUUUUUAGACUGAGCUGACCUGUGUGUUUUAUUGAGGUGACCUUUGCCCUGGGUGCUUUUAGGCAGAGUCCACAUCAGGCACAGCUUUUGCUUUCAUCCGACUCUCCUUCUCUUCAGGCCCCUCUUCUCCUCUCCUCUCCUCUCCUCUCCUCUCCGCUUCAUGGAGCUCUCCUCUCCUCCUCAGCAUUUUAGCCUGACCUCCAUACUCCAUCUUACGGACAGGUUUUUCAGGGCACAGUUUUUUUUUCUUUUUCUUCCGUCAUCUCUCCGCUGCACUUCAGAGUGGAGGAAUCAGAGAGAGAGAGAGAGAUGGAGAGAACGAUAUCGAGAGAACAAGAGCGAGAAAGAGAGAGGAAAGCUUAACCAUGUGGAACGGCAGCGCUGGAUGUCAGGGCUUGUUUGCCGGAGACCACGGGGGACUGCCUCUACAGUACACACAGUACUCAGCCUGUGACCUGCCCCUUGGCUCUCUUUUGCCCCUGCCCCUGCCCCUGUUACCUCACCUCAGCCACCCACCCCCCUCUGCUUUGCCUUUCAUUCCUGUGGAUAAACUAAUUGGGACAGCAGUAGGAAGAGAGUUUUAUUUACUCCUAUGCUGGUUGCUCAUAAAAAGAUGGGGGGGGGGGGGCUUAACCUCUACUUCAACCGCAGCAGCAGCAGCAG